AUGAAUCUGAGAAAUUCAAGAGUCCUGUUGCAUCAAACGCAUUUAGAAAAUAACUUUUCAGCAAAAUUAGAGGCGAAAUGGAUUGGACCGUACUUUAUCCAUGAAGUUUAUGAGAAAAGUAAUUAUAAGUUACGAACUCUCGAAGGAAAGUUAUUGAAGAAUUCAGUAUAUGGAAAUAGGCUUAAGAU